GUUAGCUAGAGCGAGUUGCAGUCUUGAAAAGUGUGCUCGUUAUAAAAAUUAAUGAUUCCCUGAUAUAAUGUCUAUGAAGAGAGUGCAGCAAUGGGCCACAUUCUCCCGUUUCUGGUGGAUAUAUGAUGCAAAGUUCCAGAGUCCCUUUAAGUCAGCACCACGACUAUGUUUCCAUCUAUUGGGAAAACACAAGCCUAUCUACUAUCCAACAAGUGAUGUUGGGGACCACAUUGUUGUCAUAAAUACCAAACAUAUUGCAAUGAAGAAUGACUACUGGAGGACAUUCACAUAUUUUCACCACACAGGAUAUCCUAAAGGGUUUUCUAAAACUAGAGCUUGGGAGGUCCAUGAAGCAGAUCCUACUCGGAUCAUGAGACUGGCAGUGAGAGGUUGGUUAAAAGGCAAUCUUGACAGACCAAAAGUCAUGGAGCGACUCCAUUGUUUUCCAGAAGAGGAUGUCCCUGAAGAGAUUCUGAAGAACGUUAGCGGCCAGAUCCCCCAAGUGUUCCCAAUACCUAAAUCAUUAGAGGAGUAUACAAUGGAAGAAAGAGAAAACUUCCCUAGGCUAAUUGAAUGGCCAGAAGAAUAUGUACAAACAGAUAAAAAGACAAAUCGACCAGGACCGAAGAGGGAAAGACGUGAUACAAACAAUAAGGCCAUGAAGGAGAUGAAAACAUUUUGUGUAAAGUGUGCUCUUUGGGGAGUUUCUUUAUCACAACACCUUGGUAUUUGCUGUUUAACAAGAAUGAUGUUUCCAUUGACAUCAAACUGGGAGAAUGAUGCUGGUUCUAAGGGUAGAGUCUGA